GCCAGCACCCCAAGCUCCGCUAGGGCAGUCCCGGGGUAGCCUCUAGCUGUGAAGGAGGACCCCUUAGUUUCACAGCUGGAUCUGGAGCCGAGUCUUUAAGGGGGAGGGGCCUUGAUCUAUUCUCUCCCGCUCGGGUCCUCAGGCUGGAGGCGUAGUCACCUCAGCCCCCUCUGGGCACAGAACUCUUGUAGUUUCUCCCCCUUUUCUGCAGACUUAACCUUGUGGAGAAAAGGCAAAGAAAGUAAUUUAGGAGUCACUUUCCCUUCCCAUAAGAGGCUAGUGAGCGCCCGAGAGGGCGCAGUGGUCCUGUACACUUGAGCUCCUGGCGGCCGUGACCUUGGCCCUGUUUCAAAAGCUGAACCGCCGCUGGGCGGGGGGCAGCAUGGCGGUGUCAGCGCUCACCGGCUUCUCCCUGGUCAGCCUCCUCAGCUUCGGCUACCUUUCGUGGGACUGGGUCAAGCCGGGCCACCAAGCUGAUGGGCCUCGGGCCUCUGGGGACAAGCCUCCCCCGUCUCCCUCCCAGUCUGCUUCCCCACCUCCGCCCCACAUCAUCUUCAUCCUCACUGAUGACCAGGGCUACCAUGACGUGGGCUACCAUGGCUCAGACAUCCAGACCCCGACCUUGGACCGCCUGGCCGCUGAAGGUGUAAAACUAGAGAACUAUUACAUCCAGCCCAUCUGUACCCCUUCUCGAAGCCAGCUCCUCACUGGCAGGUACCAGAUCCACACAGGACUCCAACACUCAAUCAUCCGUCCCCGCCAGCCCAGUUGCCUGCCCCUCGACCAGGUGACACUGCCACAAAAGCUGCAGGAAGCGGGUUACUCCACUCACAUGGUGGGCAAAUGGCAUUUAGGCUUUUAUAAGAAGGCAUGUUUGCCCACUCGUCGCGGCUUCGAUACCUUCCUGGGCUCACUGACGGGCAACGUGGACUACUACACAUAUGACAACUGCGAUGGGCCUGGGGUGUGUGGCUAUGACCUGCAUGAGGGUGAGAGUGUAGCAUGGGAGCAGAGUGGCCAGUACUCUACCCUGCUGUAUGCCCAGCGUGCCAGCCAGAUCUUGGCUAGUCACAGCCCCCGCCAGCCCCUCUUUCUCUAUGUGGCCUUUCAGGCCGUGCACACACCUCUGCAGUCUCCCCGUGAGUACUUGUACCGCUACCGUACCAUGGGCAAUGUGGCCCGGCGCAAAUAUGCUGCCAUGGUGACCUGCAUGGAUGAAGCCGUGCGCAAUAUCACAUGGGCCCUGAAGCGUUACGGCUACUAUGACAAUAGCAUCAUUAUCUUCUCCACUGAUAAUGGUGGCCAGACCUUCUCUGGAGGAAGCAACUGGCCCCUGAGGGGCCGCAAGGGCACCUAUUGGGAGGGUGGUGUGCGCGGCAUUGGCUUUGUCCAUAGCCCUCUGCUCAAGAGGAAGAGGAGGACGAGCCGGGCGUUGGUCCAUAUCACUGACUGGUACCCUACGCUGGUGACGCUGGCUGGAGGCAGCGUGUCUGAGGCAGAGGGGCUGGAUGGCUACGACGUAUGGCCGGCCAUUAGUGAGGGUCAGGCUUCACCCCGGAUGGAGAUCCUGCACAAUAUUGACCCUCUCUACAACCAUGCCAAGCACGGCUCCCUCGAGGGUGGCUUUGGCAUUUGGAACACCGCUGUGCAAGCUUCUAUUCGAGUGGGGGAAUGGAAGCUGCUGACGGGCGACCCUGGCUACAGCGACUGGAUCCCCCCCCAGACUCUCGCCAACUUCCCCGGAAGCUGGUGGAACCUGGAGCGCUUGGCGGACGGCACCCGCCAGUCUGUGUGGCUCUUUAACAUCAGCGCCGACCCUUAUGAACGCGAGGACCUGGCAGCCCAAAGGCCCGAUGUGGUCCGUUCCUUGUUGACUCGGCUGGCAUAUUACAACCGGACAGCCAUCCCUGUGCGCUACCCCGCUGAGAAUCCUCGGGCUCACCCUGACUUCAAUGGGGGUGCCUGGGGCCCAUGGGUUGGUGAGGAGGAGGAGGAAGAGGAAGAGGAAGAGGAAGAGGCUGGGGAAGGGAGGGGCCGGGGUUCCCACCGGGGCAGAAAGAAAUGCAAGAUUUGUAAACUUCGCUCUUUCUUCCGCAAGCUCAACACCAGGCUGAUGUCCAACCGCAUCUGACUGGGGUAGUCUGGGGGUGGGGGUCUCUAAUUCCAGUUCUUCCCCCAGGGCUCCUUCUCACUGGCACCCAUUCAUGGCUGGGAAACCCUUAGAGAAGAGACUGCUAGUUACCUUAGCACCUGCUUUCUCUUGGGGAAAAAUGGGAGCUAGCUCAGCUGGUUGGGGUCGGGGAGAGUAUGCCCUGAAAGCUAACUGGAGAUAGUCUUAUGAAUGGGAAAUAUCCCUUAGGUUCUGGGCUGGGAUGACAGACACAACCUAAUUGGUGGUGAUACUUCCUAAUUGGUUCAAUUUCGUAACAAUCCUCUUGGUGCUCAGCAGCAGAGAUGGAGGGGUAGGGAACUGGGUUCAGGACCUGGCCAUAGAGCCCUUUAUAACCCUACACCACCCUAGGUUACCCUUGGAGGGAGGAAUGGAGUUUCUCUUCCAUGCUCAUCUCCUUGUGCCCACCUAAAUAAAAGUUUCCCCCUGGUUUUCACUGAUGAGAACAAGGUUGGUGCCAAGAGAGGGUGUGGAGGAACAGAGUAUGGGGAGAGUAGGCAUGGCUAGCUAGGCAGGUGAAUAGCCACUGGUCCUGGACUUGUGUGCAGGGAGGGAAGCUGGGUUUGCUGAUAUCCCUACCUUAAGAGUCUCUGCUUCUAAGACCUGGGAGCUUCCUUCAAUCUUCUAGCCUCUGGCAAAUGGGGUGCCGGUGGGGACGAUGGUAGGGAGUGAGCGAUUAUCAGCAACCCUUUGGCAUGUGCAAACGCAAGGCAAUUCACAUUUAUUAAGUACCCACUCUGUACCAGACUAAACAGAUGAUUCUGAACACACGAGCAUGUAUACAGGUUAGGUCAUUGUGCAAAUGAGGGUAAACAUGUGCCUGUAUAGUCGCUGAUACUUACCUACAUGUCCAUCCAUCUAAUCCCCCAGGAUCAGGUGGGUGAAGGGAAACUGUUAGUGGAAGCUGUGUGUAUGUAUAUACAUGUGUGUCUGCACACGUGUACACACACCCUGAGGGGCAGGCACGAGGGGGGUGGGGGUUAAAAGCCUCUAAUGUACAGUGCGUUUGCAUUCUGCACAGCCUGUUCUGUGUUUCUCUAAGUUCCAGUCGGUGCCGCAUGUGUAGGCGAUGGCUCUGCUGUGAAUUUUGAAAAUAGUUAUUUUUGUCUCUGGCAAAUGA